CUAAGACAUGUUAAUUUGAAAUAAAGGUAGUCUACCUUUAACUGAUUGUGCAACACAAGAAAGACCAGAGCCAACUUUCAAAUUUGGCAGUGAUUGGACGUUCCGCGGUGUCAGGACAUAGGCAUUACAAUGAAUUUGUUCUUGUUCAACAUGAAUUUAAUUUGGACUUUGUUUGUUUUCUUAGUUGACACAGAUAUCACCUUAACACUACAAGCAACUCGACCUUUUGAAAGGUCGCUGGAAAAUGAUUAUGUUAAGCAAGGCAUGACUCGUUUAUUGUCUUUACCCGGGUAUGAAAUGAGCGACACAUUGCCACGAGGCAGCUUGCAGCCAUAUGGAAAAGAACUACAAACCCUAAAGUAUGUUCCUAAAAGUCCACUUUUUAGAAGAAGGAAACGCAAUGCGACAAAACGACCUAGCAAUCGAAAAACAAUUGAACCUGUGAUGACGACUAUAAAUGCAAGUAAAAUAAAGACGUCAACGAUGGCAACGAACACUUCAGAAUAUACGACAAUAAAUGAUAGUGUGAAACAUCAUGACAAACAAGUGUUCGUAACACUGAUAGCAUCUUUGAUUGGUUCAGCAGUUGUGCUUAUCAUUAUAGCAUAUCACGGAGUAUUAUUGAAACGUCGGUGUACAAUGAAUAGAAGAAGAAGAAGACAAGCUUUGAUGAAUACUAAAGAAGACAAUAUACCCCUGGUAUAUAUCCCUUCCGAAAAAACCUUACAAGCUUUGUUGGAAGUUAACAGUACUUCAACAAAGCUCACUCAAUGCAAAAAUGAAAUAUACGAAAGUAACGAUCAACAAACUUUCACGUCAUUAAAGCAUAUGGAUGGAGGUAUAGAAGAAUAUACAUGUAACAAGAGUCGACAUGAAUUGACUGUUAUUGGCAAUGUAUCCGAUGACAGAGCUCAGCCUUCUAUCGUGUCGAAUGCUGAAGAACAAUAUAUACCUCUGUUGGAAGGUAACAGUUCUCCAACUGAGCUCACUCAAUUAAAGAAGAGUAACGAUCAUCAAACUAUCACGUCAUACAAACAACUAGUCAAGGAAUGUCCGGUUUCUGUUGAAAAUGUUGACAAUCUUAAAAUAUCUAUUGUUCAGCCCCUAACUGGUCCAGUGCAAGAGCAAAACAAAGAAUAUCUGUCAUCUUCAAGAUUUAAUUGGGACGAAAUAUUUAGGUUUCUAGCUAAAAAUCUAACAGCAUCUGACCACAAGUUGUUUUUCAACAUAUUAUACGGUAGUUGUCAUCACUUGCAAGUCGGAGGAGGCAGAGAUACUGGAAGUUUUAUUGAAAAUGUUGAAACUAGAGUACGCAGAGACGGGGGAGAUUCCGAAACAUUAAUGUUCGAGCUAUUUAACCAAUGGAAACAGAUCAUGGGCUCUAAUGUGAGCACAGAGUACAUAGAGGAAGCGUUGAGAGAAAGAUCAAAUAAUCUUCUUCUAGAAAAAUUUAAGGAAUUUAUGAGAGUGCCACCAUUACUGCCCAUGGUCUUAGAAAGAAAGAAAUUCCAGCCAACGUUUCAUAUGAUAACGAAGCCAAACUGUGGUGAUGAAAUGUUACAAUUCUUUCCAUAUAAUGAAAUACGAAAUACAUGUAAUAUGUUGCCGAAUGCUUCUCAAUGUAUGGUAUUACCUUUAGCUAACGAAGGAAUGCGGAAUACUGUAGAUUUAACAGCUACAAGAGAAUUUAGUAAUACUGUAUCUUCUGCCACUGGAGAAAUUAAUAAUACAACAAAUGGUCCAGUCAUAGAGGAAAUUGGAGAGGACGAUAUGGAUCUGUCUUCCCUGACAGGUUCUUCAAUUUCUUCAGGGCAGUUGUCUGACAGGUGUUCAGUAUUAUCAUCUGGAGAAAUAAUCGUAAAACGAAAAAGAAUGCAUGUAAAUAGAGAUAUAAUGAUUUACGGAAAUGAAGAUAUACCAAACAAAUUAAAGAAAAUUGACGCUUCAGUGGUUCCAUUGGAAAAGACAAAGACAAGACGACAAAGAAAACAACAUAAAUCAACGACUGCGUUAGACUUGCACAAUAUGACACAAAGCAUGAUAUCUUUAAUGAAGCAAUUUCUUCCGCUUUCGCCUAUACCUCUUGACACUUAUCAAUAUAGUGUUUUUCUAGAGUACACUAUCGGCAGCGUAACAAAACAAACAGGAGAAUCUAGGAAUACAGUACUAUCGCUUUCGUUUAGUGCUUACUGCGAAACAGAAACAUUUAAAACAAAAAGAAAUGAUACAUUUUACUUCAUGUACGUGAAAGACCGUUGUCUUAUGUUAGGACAUGAAGAGUUUGAAAAUCUUCGUCUGUAUGCUGACUUUGCCAGGAGAAAUCUAGUGCGUGAAAUAACGAAACAAAAUGGGGAGAAAUACAAAGAACCGGAAGCACUAUUUCUGUCAUAUGAUGGAAAACCAUUUCUUAAAAAGAAAAAGGUUGUCCGACGAGUGCUGGAAAAGAGCUCUCAAGAAGCCAGUCCUUUACUUGAUGCAACACCUGACGAAUUCCCUACAUCAAGUUCAACUCUCAUUCCUGAGAAAUACGACAGCACUGUGCGAGAAAAUGAUAAGGAUCAUGUUACACCUAUAAACCAAAAAAUGGAUCCUGUUACUUGUCUCGAAGACACCGUUGGCCUUACAAACAUGAAGAUGGAUUGUUCUUUUUUCGAGGUGGUUUCUAAAGGUUCUGAGAACCCUGCGCCAGGACAGCACUUUGAUGACGUAAAAGACAUCAUGGAUAAUGGUUCAAUUGAUAUAAAUUACGAGCAUAAGAUUCCAUAUCUCGGUGACGACUCUGAAAAACAGACAUCCAAGGCAUUUUCCUUAAAAGAGAAUGAUGAAGCUGUUGAAAUUGAAGACUUGAAAGUAGAAGCAGCUGAUUGCACUCUAGCUACAGUGGUUAGCGGCGCUACAAACGUUACACUGCAAGAUCAAAUAGUCAGUGACACAAGUAUUUGUGACAUGGUUCGUGAAAAUGAACAAAGUAAACGAGACAGUGAAAUCAUGUUCGCGUGUCUUUCAUGUCUGAUUCAGAAUGAAAUUUCUAAUGAUCCAAAAAGCCCAGGUACCUUCCUGCCUAUUGAACUUGAUUAAAUAGCGAUUCGUUGGUAUGCUGAUAUUCUUAUGAGUCACGCCCAUUUAAACAAUCUUCAGAUGUAAAUAGGACAUACAAAUGUAAAAAUCUUAAAAUUUCAGUUAUCUUAGAAUUGCAUAGUAUGUGUAAGUUCUAGUUCUUUUUUUUUUCUUUUUUAGAUUUUUGUAUGCAUUUUUACGUUUCUUUUUGUUUCAUUUUUUUAAUUACGCAUGUUCAUGUCAUGUUUUAAUUGUUAAGACGUUUUAGAUAUCGUUCCGUGUAAAAUGAUCAUUCUGCUCGAAAAUUAAUCAUAAGCCUUUACCAGGCAAUAUAUCUUUAAAAGCUCUUUCUCGUUAUAUAUAAUAAUUAAUUAUCUCUAGAAAAUUACAAUUUGAAAACAAAGUUAAUUAAAAUGUUUAGUGUAUAUUUUUUUAUAAGUGAGAUUAAAUUUUCGUUUUUUUAUGCCAUUUCAUUGUUUAACGGGAACAUGUUUUGUUACAAUCUGUUUAUGUGCAGAAUUCCUAAUCCAAACAUGUAUUUUUCUAUAAAUGUUCAGAACGUUUGCCAUUUUUCAUCCCAGUAGUAUUUGCGUUCUGAAAUAUAUACAUAUAUUAUUAGAUAUGUUUUUGAUUUUAUAAUUAACGCUACUUUUACCGCUUCAUGUUGUAACUUGUAUUUAUAUUCUUUCCAUACAUUAACAGUAAUAGGUCAUAAUAAAUAUGAUCUAAUUUAAGAAUACUGUUUAUCACAUACCCGUGCCGAUUUUUCGACUCCGUAAAAACGGUAUUGCACGGCCAUGCAUAUAAUAUGCUAAUGUACCGUUUCACAUGAAAUGUAUUCCUACGCCGUUUGUCAACAAAAAACAAUAUGGCUGGCCUAAUUUUUUAGGCGGGUCAAUCGGUACAAAUUGACGGAAAAGGGGAAGCAACCGUCCUCAAAAGGGUUCACCAUUGGUUUGGAACAUUUUAUAUGGUCAAAUGAAAGACGUUGACUUUGAAGUAAAACUGCAACUGAACGCUUAUCGCUAAUACCAUCGUCACAUUUUGAAAGUGAGCGUUUGCAGACGACGGAAUGUCAUUCAAGAUUUUUGUCCAGUACUAAUGUCAACAUUGAAGAAUUUAUUCUUGGACAAAGUUAUCAAAACAUCUUGUCAAAGACAUUGUAUGACAUUAAAAUUUUCAAAGAAUUUCUUCAACAACCUGUAAUAAAUGAAAGUCGGGAAAUUCAAAAUAUCCCGACUGCUGAACUCUCUACCAUUCGUUCAAGAUUUUUUAUUACUGUAAGGGGUAUGAUGUCAAGCUUUGACCGCCAGCUACGCCGAUUUAAUUACGGUGAAUACAUAUCUACUAGCCCAAAAUUUUCGUGAAGUAUUAAAAAAGCAAGAAUGCACUGCAAGAAAGGGAAGGCAAGGGUAAUUUUCCAAAUAAAGCAGACCAAGAAAUAGAAAUAUUAUGGCAGAAAAAAAAUAGCUGGCUGGACAGUGAAACACCAGAUUCGAUACUUCAGAUAUUAUGGUUUUAUAAUACUGUUUUGCUUACGCGGGAGGUCUAAACAUCGUGAUAUGUGUUGGAGAGACGUAACAUUAAAAUCCAACACAAACGGUCAUGAAUAUUUAGAAUUUUGUUAACACGCACUGGAAAUGAUCCUCGAAAUAUCCGAGAAGUUACACCAAAGUUAUAGCCAAAUGUUUCUAAUCCUGAUCGAUGUCCCAUCAAAAUAUACAAAAUAUAUGCAAAUAAACGUCCAGCUGGUUAUUCACUUCCACACAAUCCAUUCUACAUUGCAACAACAAAACCCUUACCUUCUGACGAAGAAACCUGGUUCAAGACAAAUGCUGUUGUAAUCAACAAACACUACAAGAUUAUGUCCACUAUGCUCAAAAAUGCUUACAUUCCAAAGAGUAAAAAUUGUCUAAUCAUUGUGCAAGAAAAUAUCUGAUCCAAAAAUUGUUUUACAGUAAUGUUCCACCAACACAUAUUGUACAAAUUUCUGGCCUCAGAAACGGUUCUUCAAUCAACAAAUAUAGUCAUAUUAAUAACGAUCAACACAGGAAUAUAUCUCAAAUCCUUCAUCAAAACACAUGUGAAAACGUCAAUACACAAAAUUCUGAGAACUCUGCAAGGUCAUGUCAACCUCAUCAUUCCGCCAUGAAUCAACACAAACGAUUAAUGUCUCAGGAGGUAUUAAGUGCUCCUGUCUAGGGAGAAACAUUUAACAAUUGUCAA